UCCAGAAUCUUUUGUCUCUCAUAAUUUGUCACCAUCGAAAUUAUAUACUGUGCACGAAUAAGAUUAGGUCUUUAUGUUCAUCUUUGCGUUUUAGGUAGGUUUUCCGAUUUCAAGUCUUGGCGAAAGUUCUAUUCAAGUUUUCUCUGCGAUUUUAGGGUUAUUUGAUUUUUGACAGCAAAUGCAGAUUUCUUAUUACGUAUCUUUUAAUUUUUCUUCUUUAAUCUCUUGAAAUUGUUUGUUUACUAUGAGUUCAUAGUGGAUGAUAAAAAGUUCGCUUCUUUGGUUUGCUUCUCGAUUACCAAAUCCCCUGCACGUGAAUGUCAGUGAUCGUCCCCCCACAUCACAAAACAUCCACAUCUAUUUCUCAGAUAUAGAUAAAAGUACCCUUCUUCUCCGCGAUGGCAGAGAAAGCGACUUUGCUCCCAUUCCAUUCAUUCAAUUCCAAGAGAUCAAACAGGGGGUGUGAAGAGGCACCCCACCCGACCAUGGCAGUCUCGUGAGGAGGACAGAAGACAGAAUAGAAACAUCAACUUCUACUUAUUCCAUUAAAGAAUGACAAGGAGAUGCACAUGAUCACAUCCUUCGUCCCUCACACGUCUUCGGUUAUCCCCAUGUCUUCCUGCUGGUAGUUUUCUGGUGGCUUAAUCUGCCACAAAUUUCUCUUUGUGCGACGCAUUUGUAGCUCAGAUUAACUACCAAGUACUGCAUUGCCCGAUUCUUCCCACUUCAGAUCUCUUCUCUAUAGCCCUACGGAUAUGAGGGCAUGCUGCUUUCGGUAUGAGUGGGUUACACUUUUCUGUAGAGAAGAGCGCAUGAACGUCAAGUAGCUACAAUGCUUCUGAAGUCAGCUCAAAGAGAAGAUACUUUGAGGCUGCCGCUGGUUCUUUCUGAGAACAAUGCCAUGCCUAUCAUCACCAGCAAAUCCCGGGCGAGAGAAGUUUCUUCUAGGUACGGUGCAGGGAUGUCAUCAACUACAAUUUCCAACCCCAGUACUCCGAGACGAUGCUCAUCUCCAACUGCCAGUCGCACAUCCCCUGUGCGGGCGACAUCGCAAACGAAGCGAGCCCAAUCAGCAGAGAGGAGAAGACCAAUUGCCUUAUCACCGAGGUUUUCAACACCCACAACCCCUUCUUCUAGGCCUUCCACACCCUCUCAUCCAUCUUCAACUUUGGCAACACCCAUUCGUGAUACAGUGACAGAGAUGCAUGACAAAACCAGGCGGUUGCUCAGCAGCAAAACCCCUGAUGGAUUGUGGCCUUCGAUGCGUAGCCUGUCAUCUUCAUUUCAAUCCGAGUCUGUAUCAGUGCCUGAUAGUAAGACGGAAAAAGUAGUUGCAGGUUCUUCCUCAGAUCAUACGGUAAAGCCUUCAGCCAACGGGGCACCAGAGAGGAAAAGGACCCCUUUGAGAGGGAGAAACACUCCUGAGAACUCUUGUCCAAUGGAUAACUUGAAUGCUAGGGUCAUUGAUCAACACCGGUGGCCUGGUAUGCUGGGCAGGAGGGUGUCUGCAAAUGCCUUGGCAAGAAAAGUGAUACCAACAGACAAGAUUAGCAGAUCUGCUUCUUUAUCAGUUCCAUCAAGAGGGGUUUCACCAAAGAGAACCACAACAUAUGAUAGUGCAGCUAGAGAUUUCCAGCAACCAUUAACUGAGGCAGCAAGACGACCAUAUCCUGAUGGAAGUGGAAGGAUGAAGCAAGAUGCAAAAUUAGAUGUAAAUACUUCUUCACAACUUCCAGAGAGAUCAUCCUUAGUAGCAUGGAUGAGUACCACUCAUUCAACACCAAUCAAAGCUUCACAACGCUCUUCAUCACCAAGUAGGAUUUUGUCAUUGUCAUUAAAUACUUCCAGGGGCAUGCAGAGUCCAUCACGAACAAGACUGCCGACUUCUAUUUCAUCAUCUGGUAAUGGAGCUUCUCAAGCAUGUGAUGCAUCCUCUGUCCUUAAUUAUGCUGUAGAAGUUCAAAAGGGAAAGAAGAAUGCUAGUCAUAUUGAAGCUGCCCAUCAGCUGAGGUUGCUUCAUAAUGCAGUCUUGCAAUGGCAAUUUGUCAAUGCUCAAGCCGAUGACACUGUUUCCAUUCAGAAAAACAGGGCAGAGAAGAUUCUCUACUCUGCAUCAAAUACUAUUUCAAAGUUGCGUGAUUUCAUUAUUAGGAAAAGGAAUGAAGUGGAGCAUUUGAGACGACAGAUGAAGUUGGUCAUGAUUUUGAGAAACCAAGUGGCAUACCUUGACUGUUGGACACAAUUGGAAAGAGAAUAUGAUAGCUCCUUAUCAGAAUCAAUUGAAGUUUUUAAGGCAAGCACACUAUACCUUCCAGUUUCAAGAGGUGCAAGGGCAGAUGUAUUUUCUGUGAAGAAUGCUGUUAGUUCAGCAGUUGAUGCUAUGCAAGCCAUGGGUUUAUCGGUUUGUUAUUUGCUAUCUAAGGUAAAGAAUACACAGUCAAUGAUUUCUGAGCUUUCAGUUGUUUCAGCAAAAGAAAUGGCUAUGCUAGCCGAGUGUAGAGAAUUAUUAGCUUCAGUAGCAACAAUGCAGGUACAGGAAUCCAGUCUUAGAACAUAUCUCCUGCAACUGAGACAUGGUGGUUACAAGAUGAAGUAGUCAACCAAUGGCAUGCAUCCUCAGCUAAACUCCUCUCUAACAACUUAUAAUCCGCAGAGUUAACAACUACGCUUGUAUUAUUCUUGUUUUUCCAUUUCUUUUUUGUAUAUCUAUCACCUUUUAUGUGUUAUUUACACAUGUAAUAGCGCUAACAUGGAAAGAAAAAAAAAAAUAUAUAUUACAGAGAGUUAAAGCAAGGUUAAAAAUGUGGUGUCAAGAACAUGGGUAUUGAUAUUUAGAAUCCAUAGGCUCAUAGUUGUUGUAAAUAAUAGAAAUGAGGUUUUGUAGCAAGGACAGGGAUUGUCAUUCACUUUGGACACUCACUCUAAGAGAGCUAACAUGUCUAUCACCAUUUUAAUCCUAGAGUCGAAAAAACUUGGCCUC